AUGCUUCACUAUCUACUAAUAUCGCUUCUUCUCCUAUCAACGGUGACCUCUCAACGUUACGGCUACUACAGCAACUAUGGCCCCCAGCGCUACAGUGGAAAUUAUGUCCAGCCAACUUACGCCCAGCCUCAGACCAAUGUCGCUUCUCAAUACCGCUCCUACUAUCAACCAACCAGCUACUACAACUACCAGCAACCAAGCAGUAGUCAGUAUUCAGGCUAUGGGCAGCAAAAUUACAACUAUUACAAUCAAAACAAUGGUUAUAACAGCAAUUCCAACUAUCAGUAUCCCAGCUACAACUAUGGCAGUAGCUAUGGCAGCGGAAGCACCGGGUACAACCCUUAUUACGUCUCACCGAACAACCAGUACGAGAACAGUAUCAACUUUUGGAGGACAAGUCAAAUUGCUCCGAUAUACCCUAAAAGUGGGAUUAAUAUGGGAGGCAUUUGGCUGUUGUGUUCGGGAUGCACAAGAGGAUAG